AUGAACGGAGCUGAGGAGCAGCACCCGGAGGAGGGGCCUGAGACCCCGGAUCUGCAAACAAUGCCACCAGGAGAUGGUGAAGAGACAGUUUUCCAGAGCUCAAGCCAAGGAAGAACCUACAAGAGACGGCGCAAGUUGCAAACCCCCAAGAGAAUCCCAGCAGAGAAGGAGCCGGACAGUCCAAGGGAGAGCGAAAAGGGCUCCAGGAAGCACGCGGUGUCCUCUUCAAAGGUGGGAGCCAAGGCCCGUGGGAAGGUGCCCAGCUGCUCGGCCUGUGAGCAGAGCUUGAAGGGGAAAAUCUUCUUCCAAAGCCUGGGCAGGUUUCAUGGUCAGAAGAAGUCGCAUGAAUGUUGGGAAUGUGGGAAAACCUUCCUGCGGAAGAAGGAUCUGGCCAGACAUCAGGGAGUCCAUACCGGAGACAGAUUCUACAGCUGCCUGGACUGCAGGAGAAGCUUCAGCCAAAUGGCAGGGCUUACGAGACACCAGAAGACGCACUUGGGGGAUCGACCCUUUCCCUGCAUGGACUGCGGGAAAAGCUUCUGCCUGAGACAAGAGCUUAUGAGCCACCAGAGAACCCACACAGGAGAGAGACCCUUCCUGUGCUCCCAGUGCGAGAAGGGAUUUAGCCAGCUGGCGCAUCUCGCCACCCACCAGAGAACCCAUGCGGCGGAGAGGCCCUACCCCUGCGGCACCUGUGAGAAACGCUUCAAGCAGAGCCAAGACCUCCGAAAGCACCAGCGCACCCACACGGGAGAGCGACCCUACCCCUGCACUGAGUGCGGGAAAUGCUUCAGCCACGUGUCGAACCUCAACGCCCACCGGAAGGUGCACACGGGCGCCAGACCCCACACCUGCAAGGAGUGUGGGAAAGGCUUCCGCAAGAGGCAGGAUCUUCUGCGACACGGGAGGAUCCACACGGGAGAAAGCCCCUUUGCCUGCAGCCACUGUGAGAAGAGCUUCCGGCAGAAGAAGGAUUUGAACAGACAUCGGAGCAUCCACACGGGCGAGAGGCCCCACCCCUGUCUCGAAUGUGGGAAAAGCUUCCGGCUCAAGCACGCUCUGGUGCGACACCAGGCAACCCACCCACGGCUCAGCCCCUAGAAAUGGGACAGCCUCCAGCACCGCAGGGAGUCCUGGGAAGGCAGAGCCUGCAUGGCCCGAUCCUUUCUGCAGCCGACCGGGGAGCACUGACUGCAUGAGGGCCUUUUGACAGUUUCUUUGUGUGUUAGAAGUUUAUAGCUUGUAGUUCAGUACAGGGCGGUUACGGGGAAUAUCAGUCCAGGAUGUACUGGGGCGUUUGACUUUCCUACUCUGAAAAGACAUGGAACAAUAGGGGGAGUUGGGAGGGGAGAUGGGAGAUGGGGGAUAUAGGUAGAUGUCCAUUCUGUGGGUCAAUCCAAAAGUGGUUCUGGGGAUGUGGGGGAAGGGCCCGUGUCAGCCAGGACUCUCAGCGACAGACCGUCUUGGGCAUGGUGUGGGUGCUGCAGGGGUCCGAGCUGAGAACGGUAUUCCGGAGCUGCCAGCCUCUGGUAUUUCAAUGGCUGUUUCUUCCCAGUUGAUUUUACAGACUCGCUCUAACAUUUCCUCUGUUUACUGUUGCGUGGUGGCUGGGUUUUCCCAUUGCCCUGCACCAAGGUUACCUGGUAUAGAGGCGUGUUUUGACCCCAGUCCAAAUGGAUAAUAUGAAUACAGUCAUCUCCCAAUACAGGAGAGGGGGGUCUUAAUCCUGUCCACACCACCAGGGCAGUGAGAACAGGUGCAUGUUUCUCUCUCUUCUAUGAGGGGUGCCCGUUUUCACCCAGGAUUGUACAUCAGGUCUGAGCCACUCCCUGCUGGCGCGUUGUUCAUUGUUGGCAGUUGCCUGAAUAUCAAUUAAAAGAAAGUUGAAAAAAAAUUUG